AGGGCGUCAACAUCAAAAUUACGAAUCUCCAUAUAUACUGCAGCUGCUUUACUCUGAAAAACAGGAAAGAAUUGACAGUUUACUAAGGACUGCCAGUCUUUUCUGCUCAUUCCUCUGAAUUGGUCUUUAAAAAAAAAAAAGGAAUCAGCAAUGCCAACUGCUGGAAAGGUGAUCAAGUGCAAGGCUGCAAUUGCCUGGGAAGCUAAAAAGCCACUUUGUAUUGAGGAGAUUGAAGUUGCUCCACCAAAGGCUCAUGAAAUCCGUAUCAAGAUUUAUGCCAGUGGAAUCUGUCACACUGAUGACCACGCCCUGGGGGGCUUCAUGGCUGGCAUUAAAUUCCCAAUUAUUUUAGGACAUGAAGGAGCUGGAAUUGUUGAGAGCAUUGGCGAAGGGGUGAAAUGUGUGAAACCAGGUGAUCAUGUGAUCCCAUUGUGUAGCCCCCAGUGUGGGGAGUGCGUUUGCUGUUUGCACCCAGAAAGCAAUUUCUGCUUAAAAAACGAUGUUGGCAAGAAUGUUGGACUGAUGCUUGACAAAACUAGCAGAUUUUCCUGCAAAGGGAAACUGAUCCACAACUUUAUGUCCUCAAGUACAUUUACUGAAUACACUGUUGUGGAUGAAAUUGCUAUCGUUAAGAUUGACCCUAAGGCCCCCAUGGAUCAAGUGUGCCUGAUUGGCUGUGGAUUUUCCACUGGAUAUGGAACAGUACUCAACACUGCUAAAGUGAAGCCAGGAAGCACCUGUGCUGUGUUUGGUCUGGGAGGAAUUGGUCUCUCUGCUGUCAUGGGCUGCAAAGUGGCAGGUGCUUCAAGAAUCAUCGGGAUAGACAUUAACAAAGGCAAGUUUGACAUUGCCAAAAAACUGGGAUGCACAGAAUGCCUGGACCCAAAUGAUUUUGACAAACCUAUUCAUGAGGUUAUUUGUGAAAUGACUGAUGGUGGAGUUGAAUAUUCAUUUGAAUGCAUUGGAAAAAUCGAUGUGAUGGUUUCAACCAUCCUAGCCAGUCAUCCUUCUUUUGGAUCUGCUAAUAUUAUUGGAGUGCCUCCUUCAACAGCAAGGCUUACAAUUGAUGUGAUGUGGAUACUUACUGGACGCACAAUAAAUGGAGCUUUCUUAGGAGACUGGAAAGCAAAGGAUUCCUUCCCUGGACUGGUAAACGAUGCAAUGAAUAAAAAAUUUGACUUGGGUGCUCUGGUGACUAACAAAUUACCUUUUGUAAAGGUGAACGAUGGCUUUGAGCUCAUGCGUCAUGGAAAAUGUGUUCGCACAGUCGUGGAAAUGUAAAGCGUAUAGAGAAUACUCAAAGGAAAAGCUUAUUUUUUAUAUUUGCAUUGUUGUACUCAUCUAUGUUUCAUUUUGAUUCUACAUUUUGUAUGCAAAUAAACAUUAUAGUAACACAAUCUAUUUCAUAAUCUGAAACCUACUGGUAAUAUCAUAUCUCAUAAAUCUCUUAUUUUUCUGUAAAAUGAAGAAUUUGAAAUUACAUUCAUCAGUCUUUCUAUAUAAUUGAAAUAAUCAAUAAUAAACCAUGUGGAUUUGGCAUAACAUAA